AUGGAUUACAAAGAUAAUUACAGGCCGGAACCACGAGCUACAUUAUAUGUGACAGGAUUCGAGCGGGGAACCUCAGCAAGAACUGUUGCAUCUGCUUUUGAAGGUUACGGACCUUUGGCACAAGUAAGCGUUCUUCCUCCGAGAAGAUACGAUAACGAACCUUAUGGAUUUGUUGCAUUCGAGAAUAGCUCAGAUAUGGAGAAAGUCUUGGAUGAUAUCAAAGAUGGAAGGCCAAUAGUUGCGGAUUUUGCACUGGAUAAGGACAAGGGGCUAAUCUGUGAGAGAGCUAGAAGUACACCAGCCCCAAGAAGAAGAAAAAGAUGGGCUCCUCCACCAGAUCGGGAAUUACCUAGGUGGUAUGAUGAUAGGCGUGAAUAUGAUGAUAGAAACCUCGAAAGAAGAGACUACCGGAAUGGUGGAUAUGGUCGAGAGAGAUAUGAUGAUCGUAAAAAUUGGGGAGGUAGGGAACGUGAAUAUGGUGAGGAGAGUCAAUAUGAAGAAGAUCGUGGCUUCAGAAGAAAUGAGAGAGAUGAGAGAGUUGUUGGAGAUGUUGGAGAUGGCCGUAAUGAAAGAAGUAGUAGAGACUAUCCAUUCGAUGACGGUCAUUCCGAUCGGGAUUACAAUGAUAGAAGAGGUUCUCAGCCGUAUGGGAAAUCAAAAGAAAAUGGGGAGGAUGGUCAUGAUACAGAAAUAAAUGAUGGAGAAGUUCAUGAUAACAAAACGGAUGAUAGGAAAGAACCCCAAAGUACUUCGGUAGGGGAUAGUGACACAAAUGAGGAGAAAUCACUUCAGAGCGAUGACAAAGAAGCAACGGGGGAAAAGGUUCAGCAAAAAAUUAGAGAAAGUUCGGAUUGA